CGUAAGCUAUAUAUCUUGGCAAUGUUGGCAGAUGUCAAAACUAUCAACGCCAUUUUAAGAAUAAAGAAAAACAACAAUAAGAAGAAGUGUUUACACGUCAGUCGGUCGGUGUCCGGUUGCUUCGAUAAAUUUAAGUAAAAAAUCCACAAAAGCAGUGACAAAGUUCUACUUUUCGGCAACUUUCAGCUCGAUCCUUUCGGGUCAGGCUCAUCUGCAAACAGGCGGAAGCAACGAAGGACCGAUUUUGGCAAAGUUACCGGCAACUCGGCUACGUGUGCAGAACGAACCCCUUCUUGUUUAGCCUGCGUGUAUAUUUUCGUGUCAUCUCAUCAUCUUCUGCGAGCCGCCACCGUCUGGUGUGUUGCAGUAGUAGAACCAUUCUUUGGUUGUUUCUUCUGAAGAACCGAAUAUAAACUGCUUGCAGAUUGUUGGACACCAGGCGAAUUGGAGAAAAAAAGCGAAGGAAAAAAACGUCCAACCCAUAUUUGACCAAAGGCCGGAUAUAUUGUUGCAUCCAAAACCGUAACAAAGAAGUGGAGUAAUUUGCGAAAAUGAAUAUUUUCAGAUUGGCUGGUGAUUUAUCGCAUCUGCUUGCGAUCAUUUUACUGCUGAUAAAAAUAUGGAAAACCAGAUCAUGCGCUGGAAUAUCUGGCAAAUCGCAAAUUCUUUUCGCCAUCGUCUACAUUAGCCGCUAUCUGGAUUUGGUGACAACGUUCAUCAGCGUAUACAACACGUUCAUGAAGCUGGUCUUCAUCAGUACUUCCGUAGCAACGAUUUAUUUGAUGUACGUCAAGUUUAAAGCCACCUACGAUCACAACCACGACUCCUUCCGCAUCGAGUUCCUGCUUGUACCGUGCUUUCUGUUGGCCCUAUUGAUCAAUAACGCCUUCACACCGUUGGAGAUCCUGUGGACGUUCUCCAUCUAUCUGGAAGCAGUGGCCAUACUGCCCCAGCUGUUCCUGGUCAGCAAAACGGGCGAGGCGGAAAGUAUCACUAGCCACUAUCUGUUCGCCCUCGGAUCUUAUCGUGCACUGUACCUGCUGAACUGGAUCUACCGAUAUUAUGCAGAGGGCCACUACGACCUGAUUGCCAUCUUUGCCGGCGCUAUCCAGACGAUUCUGUACUGCGACUUCUUCUAUCUUUACAUUACUAAGGUUCUUAAAGGCAAAAAGCUGCAGCUCCCGGCGUAAGUGACUUUCGGUGGCCGGCAGCAGCACUGAGGCAAUGGUUGCGAAUAUCUUCGAAAGGACUAAUUAAGAGCAAUUCCUUUUGGUAAGAGGCUGACGCCUUGGCAACGACAUCAAUACAAUACAUUUACAAUUGAAUUUGCAUUAAUACAAGAGCGAAUGUGGUGAGAAAAGCAGAGCAGAGUUGCGUUAGUGAAUUUAGUUGUGGUUAUGAAAACAAAAUAGUAACAACCAACAGACGAAAUACGCAGAAAAUGUUAAAUGUCUUCUAAGGGACACUAAGGCGGUAACUGCGCGACUUUAAUUUUAUUUUUACAUCCCUGCUAACCAUUCUUACUUUUCCGUUAUGUGGCUGUUCUCAGGCUACACUCUUCCUGCUACUCGUGUAUUUGUGUAUUUCUAGGCUUAGUUGAAGAAGUGUUAAGUGGAGGACAUAAUGCUAAAGAUUGCAUACGAUAUGUAGGAAGAACAUAAAAGAAACCUUUAACAUACUAUUAGCACAGUUUAGCAUGCAAGAGAUACAUUCAAUAAAUAUCGGAAAACUGAAAACAAUCGUUUUUUUUUUUCAAACAGCUCUAUUACUAUUUUAGCAAGCAUACCGCUGUACAAUAUUGCAUCGGCAUAGGUCUUUGAAGUAACUUUAAAAAAGGUCGUAAUUGAGCAUAAUGUAUUUUCGACACGAUGUUUUAUAAACAUUUCCUUAUGAAAUAUGCAAGUGUGCGAGAAAUAUGUUACCGAUAUUUGUACCAAUUACAUACAAUAUUGCCCCGGCCCAUUGAUCUUAAGCGAAAGUAACUGAAUUACUGUAAUAUGAUACGGUUAUGCAGUCUUAAGAAACUUACAAAAUCAUACAUUCUACGGACCCAACAGUUCUAUCGUUCAGAGUAUUCAAGGCAGGCAAAACAAUUUGCUAUACAUUACAUAUUUGUUCACGUUGCACUUGCUAUUCGCAAUUGCUCCAAAUGCUCAUGCUUGGCACAUGAAGAAACAGAACAUUGUUUUGGGAAAAAAAAUUAACAGAUUGCCAAAUGGUUGUUGGUUGAAUAAAUCGGUAUCGAAUUGAAAAGGGUCACUCUAAUAACCGUAGCAUUAUUUUAGUUAAUUACUAAUACAGUCAUCGACAGUAUGGAACAAUAAAUGAACUACAAAUCUAAA